AUGCAGCGCACUUCUAAACCUCUACAACAACAGAGCGGAUCAACCAUACAAACAGAGAGACAGCAAAAACAACCACUAAAGACCUCUUCACCACCUACUCCGCCAACUGCUCUUGAUCCAGAUUCGAGUUUCAACUCUCCUUCUACUCUUGAGGCGCCAAGGCCUUCCACUGCUGCUACUCAAAUAGGUACAGGUUGGACUAAUAAUAACAGUUCCAGUCCAAGGUCAGCGACGAUGACACCAUCGCCUCCGUCACCUCAAAAUCGAAAUAUAUUGAGUUAUCCACCAGCUUCAGCUAAUUCCAUGGAAAUUUCUGCCACCCUUAAUACUUCUUCACCUUUUCCCCAACCACUCCCUCUUCCAUCAUCGUCUAACCAUUCAAUACCUCAAUUUAACAAUAUUUCAUCAUCUCCACAAACAAAUUCUCAUCAAUUAUCAUCCUUACCAUCAACCUCCUCCACAAUAACAGCCACACCCUCUUCUUCAUCACUAGCAACAUCGCUUCCUUCAACACACCCGCCCAAUAGUAAUAUAAAACGAUCGGAUUUCACCCCUUCACCAAAUCACGCAUUACCUGCGACUGACCCUGUCAUAGAGACCCGCGAUGGCAUACCAUACGUGGUAUUCACGUACUCUGUCAAAGGGAACAAUAAAGAGUAUCGUAUACGAAUUGAUUUAAAUAGUGUCGAAAUAAGUGAUAUAAAUGAUCAAUUUAAGCGUGAAAAUUGUCUUUAUCCACGUGCGCAUUGUCCCGAGGAGCAAUAUCAAGGAAAUCGAUGGCAUUACGAGAAUGAGUGUAAUAUAUUGGGAUGGAAAUUGGCUUGGUUGAAUCAAGAGGAUAUUGCAGGGAAAAGAGGAUUACUUCAGCGUGCAGUUGAUAGCUAUCGUAAUCGUGAUCCAAACAUGAGAUCACGAAGGGUGGUAAGAAACGAGAAGAUAAUAAAUGGGACAUUACGUAAAAGAGCUACUCGUGAUAGUGAUUCAUUUGAUGGAAAUCCUGACGCCAAGUCUUCAAAAAGACAUCGCAGCGCUACUAAACAAUUAUCCGUCAAUACAAUUUCAAAAGGGGUUUCCACAAAGAUUCGUAUUCGAGCGGAUAUCGAAUCUGUGAAUGUGGCUGAUAUCUCGGAGGAUUUUAAAAGGAAGAAUAGCGUGUUCCCUCGAGUUUUAUCUGAUCGAGCUAGUUACAAGGGAACAAAUUGGGCAUUGGAAAAUUGGUGUAACGAGACAGGCUGGAAAUUGGCAUUUUUAAACGCAAACAAACUAAAUGAGAAAAAGUUACUGCUUCAAAAAGCAUUGGAUCUGUAUCGUGCAAAAUUUACUACGGAAUAUCGGCCCAGAAAAGGCAAAUAUUCACGUGCCCUAUCAGCUAAAUUUUUUGAAGAUCAUCCACGAGAGGUCAACUCGCCCAUUCCUAUGGAGAUAACGACAGAUAAUCACGCUCUUCCAGAGAGUUCAACUCAUACAAAAUUAGAAGACCCUGGUGAAAAAGUCAACCCAUCUUCAUCUUCGAUAUCCAAUGCCAUUAUCACCACCAACACCGCUACGACUUCUUCGGAUAAUGUGUUGUUGCCAAAUCCCACAAAUAAGUCUACAGGUAUUAGCGACGAUAAAUUCGAGGCUAAUACUGAAACACAACAAACCGCUAAAUAA